AUGCGUUUCUUCACCGCCGCCACCUUCUUCCUCGCUGCCUCCGCCGCACCCGUCGACCAGAGCGAGACUUCUGCGUCUAGCCAGGUCGAGAAGCGCCAACUAGACCCUGUCACUAUCUCGAUCAUCGCCACUGUUACCACAGCAGCCGCUACCUGGGCCACUGAGCAGGGUUUGGAAACGAUCAAGGCCCUGAUCAAGGAUAGAUCUUCCUGGGACAAGGUGCGCGAGCAGUUUACUCAGGACGCCGUGGCCCGCAUGGCCACCAACUACAAGGCCGACCCAUCUUUCAAGGGCGCGGUUUGCUACAACAAGGGCUACAUGGUCAACGACCCCGCCAAGAGGAGUGACAUUGUCAGCCUCGAAGUUACGUCUGGAAAGCUCAAGGCGGACUACGAUUGCUUUUACUUGAAGAGUGGUGGCGAAUUCAAAGGCAAUGGAGAUGGUGGAUUCAUCAACAUUGCCGUUGAUACCAAUAACGGUGCUUGUGGCUACCUCGCCUCCAACCUGCUGAUGACUUGCCAGUAA